GGAAAAGAAGAAGACAGAGGAAAUCAACGCUUCAUUCAAGUGCCGAAGAGCCACUCAUCCAAGAUCUUCGGCCGCUGAUUUUUGCGAGUGCAGCAUUAGCUAAUCUAUUGCGGUGUCCGUCCGUCUAUCUAUGUGGCUGUUCAUUGCGUGCUGCCUGGCCCAUUUUUGUUGCCUCUGGCAGCAUGCUUUUGCCAUCUCUCCAUCAUGGCGAUCUGGCAGGCGAGCCGAGGCAAGGAGGAGAUCCCAGUCAACCCUCCUGCAGCCGGCCUUCUUGCUGCAGCUGCCCAGUAGCCAUGGACCGCUGCAGCUGCACAUGCUGCAAAGAGGGAGGAUGCGACCUGCCGUCCAUGAGAGGGCGCUGUUGGCUUUUGAGAGGCGUCGGCUGGGGAGGCCGGCUGGUUUUGGUGGCGAUGAUCGUUCUUCUCUUCUGCGGCUCGGGGCUGCGGGCGCGACUGCAGAGAAGCAGAGUGUCAAAAUGGGAGAGGUGAGUGAGGAGGUGGCAAGACAUGCACACCACACAUGCAUACACACACCAGCUGCCUCACUGCGGAGGGGUGUGUGUGUGUGCAGGUGUACGAGGGUUCCAUCCAGGGCGUCUUCUCCACGUAUGCCUUUGUGAGGUUACCUGACGGCCGGGAGGGGUGGCUCCCGGCGACGGAGGUCAGAGCGGAAGAGAGUGACAUGAUCGACCUCACAUCCGUGCUGCACGACGGCAUGAAGCUCCCCGUCUAUGUCAUGGGGGAAGACGACUCCUCAGGCAGGUGGCGGGUCUCACUCAGACGGGCGGCCGACCAGCUCAGAAAGAAAGAAGAACAAGACGACGAGAGCGACGGCACCGACACCCCGGCCUUCGCGACCUCCUCUGUCGCCCCCCCACGUCAAUCGUCGUCUGCGAAUGUCAAUGGCAGCCCCGCCCCGACUGUGUCUGGCGGUCCCUCCGCCUCUGGUGCGCGCGGCAGGUGGUCGGCGGCGUCGGCAGCAGCGAUGACGCCCGAGUCUGUUGGUCUGGCGAGUGAAGUGGACGCCACUGUAGCCAGUGUUUUCCCCAGACAUACCCUGCUCAAAUUCGACCAAGCGUAAGGGAGGGAGGGCCGGGUGGGGUAGUCAGGGAAUGGAUGGAUGGAUGGUGUGUCUUGUGGCUUGCUGUGUCCGCGCUAUGAUAGGCCUGAUGUGGUGGGUUUUCUGCCUGCGGUUGACUUUACGGCGCAAUACGUCAAGGACAUGAGAGACGUGGGUGUUGGUUGACACCGUCACAGGGGCAUGAUUUGACAGAGGACAAGACACAUCCACACACAUCUCGUGUGUGUUUGGUGCUGUCUGUCAUGUCAGCAUCUGAAGGAGGGGAAGCCCCUGCGCGUGGCUGUGAUCAAUGUCGGCUACUACAACGGCAAACUACAGGCCAAAUGCUCAACGAAGUGAGUGAGCCUAAAGCCCCGUCCCGCCCCACCACACGAGACCACACCACACAACAGACGACUCCCUCUUUCCUCACUGACUCAUCCAUCCAUCCAUCCAUGCAUCGAUUUGUCAGGCUUCUGGACCUUAACAGAAACGGCGAGGUGCAGUCCAGCCCCCCCACUCCCAGAAGAGCGUCUCUGCUCCCGGUUGUGUCUGAGGGACCCUCACGCCCCUCAGUGCUGCCCACCGUCUCUGACGGCCCGCCACCACGCCCAUCACCACAGCCUUCAUCGGCUGCAGCGUCAUCCCCACCACGAACAGGCCCAGUGGUGAGCAGCGGCCCGUCGAGGGAGACGAGGCUGCCACAACGCGCACCGCCAUCUGGGCCGUCAGAGGCGUCGGCAGCGGAUGUGGAGGCCGGCAAGGUGUAUGUGGGAGAGGUCAAGUCGCACCCGAUGCCUCAGCUGGCGCUCAUUACGCUAGAGAACGGGGCUUUUGUUUCUCUACACGCAUCGGAGGUCAGUCAGUUGUCAGUGCCGCCUCUUUCUCUACUGUGAUGGAUGGAUGGAUUGAUGAAUGGAUGGAUCCGGAUGUGCACAUCAAUCAGGUGGGGUAUCGGUACGUGAGUGACAUCGCCGCUGAGCUGCCUGUGGGCGAGAAGGUGCUGCUCGUGCUCAGAGAGAUAGUCGAGGUCAGCGAACACAUAAGACCCCACACAGUGACAUGACACUGACACGGCUGCUCUCAACUUUCGAUGCAUGUAUGUAUGCGUGUGUUGCGACCGUUUCCAGGAUCGUCGCGGGCGGCCUCAGAUCCGGAUGACCAUGAAGAGAAACGAAGACGCCCCCAUGCCACACAGAGGAGACGUACGUCAACCACAGCCAAGCAGACAAGCCCUACCUUCUUCUGUGUGGCUUUGGUUUGUGAUCUUGUCCAUUCAGGAGUUUGAGGGCCGUGUGUCGCGCACAGCCAAGGACUACGUCUUUGUCAAGAUGCCCAACGGCAUGGUAAUACUAGACCAGUCACGCUGACCACGCAAAGCGCUGCCUCCAUCCAUUGGAUAUUGUGUGUGUGUGUGUGUGUGUGUGCAGGAUGGUCUCCUUCACCGCCGUAACGUCCCGGUCUUGCGUAACAAGAGGGAACCAAUGGUACGCCGUAGUACAGCCACUUGGCUGUCGAGUCGAUGCUUUUCCAAUGUGUGUGAGUGUGUGCGUCUUGUGCUGCCUGGCCUGCAGAGCGUGUUCUUUGACGUGUGUGACCCCGUCAAAGUCAAAGUCACCGAAGUCGAGCAAAACACCGUGAGCGAGAUCCCCUCCCUCCCACUGGCACACCACUUGCGCACCAUUCGCACCGCACACCCACCAUAUCCUCUCUCGUGUCAUGCCUCCACCAGGGUCGUGGGCCGCCCUUGAAGGUUUCUCUCGAGCUGCUCGACAUGCUUGGCGAAGAGGACAUGGAGAAAGCCGAAGAGAGAGAGGGCGGGGGAGCCGAGGGCAUGACAGCGGACGAGACAGAGGAGGGCGAGAUCGACUUGGCUGAUGUGGGUGAUGAUGUGGGGGCUGAUGUGGACCCGUGGGCUGAGCAGGCGGCCGUGACGGACAUGGGAGUGGGUAUGGGGGCGGCCACUGCAGUGGGGCUGGGGAAGAAGAAGGCCCUCAAGAAGACGGUGAGUUAGUUAGUCGGUCGGGCAAGAGAGCUGAGCUGGGCUGUGUGCGGAUGUGAUGUACCUCUGUGUCUGUCUGUGUACCUUUGUCCGUCAGGACGCCAAGAGGAACGACGACGCGAAAUACAAGAAGAAGCCGAAAAGGAGACUGGUACUGCAUUCAGCCAUGCGACGGAUACAUACACAUGCAUCCUCUAAUCUCCGUGUGAUGUCUGUCGAUGUCCGAUUAUCUGUCUGUCUGUCUGCAGAAGGACGACUACAGCAGCCACGACGACCUCGCCAACUUUGAGAACGAAGACGAGGAAGCCGAAAUGGUCCGCAAAAUGGAACGAAUCGCCGAAAAGAAACUCAAAAAGUAAGCUGCCCCUCCCCCUCCCCCUCCCCGUCCCCCACUCGCUCUCUCACCACACACAUGAUGAUGAUGAUGAUGUUGUCUGUCUGCAGGAUGCGCAAGGAGCGAGAAGAGCGAAUGCCCGAAGGCCAGAAGCCGGUGGUCAUCCCUCUGGGUCAGGUGCUGACGGUCGGACAGGUGGCCGACAAGCUCGACGUGGGGUCGGCGGCGGUGGUCAAGCACCUGAUGCUGCAGGAGGGCGUCAUGGCCAACGCCAUGGCACCGCUGCAAAGGGAUAUGGCCGUCAAGGUCGUUGAGGCCUUCGGGCGGGAGGUGGCUGAGACGGAUGAGGUCGAGGACGACGAGGCGCAGCUCUAUGACGAAGAAGAGGCCAGGGUGAGACCGACCGAUACACAUGGGGGGCGGGCGGACGGUUCCAAUCUGUCUGUGUGUGUGUGUGUGUGUGUGCAGUUACUAGAGGAGCUGCAGCAGAAGGAGGACGACCCCGCCUCCCUCAAGCCCCGCCCGCCCAUCAUCACCAUCAUGGGCCACGUCGACCACGGCAAGACCUCUCUCCUCGACGCCAUCCGAUCCACCACAGUGGCAGCCAAGGAGGCCGGCGGCAUCACCCAGCACAUCGGCGCCUACACCGUCAAGGGCCCCUCGGGCGACAGCCUCACCUUCAUCGACACCCCCGGGCACGCUGCCUUCUCGCAGAUGCGCAGCAGGGGCGCCAAUGUGACGGAUGUGGUGGUGCUGGUGGUGGCGGCUGACGACUCGGUCAUGGAGCAGACGAGGGAGUCGAUACGCAUGUGCCGGGCGGCGGGGGUGCCGGUUGUUGUCGCCAUCACCAAGAUCGACAAGCCAGAGGCGAACCCUGAUUCGGUCAUCGGCGACCUGGCCAGCGAAGAGAUCGUUGUCGAGGAUCUCGGGGGCGAUAUUCAAUGCGCCAGGUCGGUAGGGUACACACAUACACUCACUGUGCCCUGCCCUGUUCGUUCACCUGACUGGUGCGUGGUCUCUGUGUGUCGUCAGGGUGUCGGCAAUGACGAAGGAUGGCCUUGACGACUUGCUUGAGAAGCUGGCCUUCUCUGCAGAGAUCAUGGACCUCAAAGCCAACCCCGAUCGGCCAGCCUCGGGCACCGUCCUGGAAGCCUCCGUCGAGCAGGGCCUCGGCGUUGUCGCAACUACACUCAUACAACGAGGCACACUCAGGUAUCCUUGACGCCCCCCCACACCCACACCCUCACCGCCAUACACCCUUUUUUCGAGCUCCUUUUGUCAGGGUGGGCGACAUCGUUGUUGCUGGCGGUGCGUACGGCAAGAUCCGCGCCCUUCGGGACUGGCAGGGUCGGCCGAUCAAGGAGGCGGGCCCGUCGGAGCCGGUGCAGGUGGUUGGCAUCAACAGGGAGGUCCUGCCCUCUGCCGGCGACCCAUUGGAGGUGGUCGACACGGAGUUCCAGGCCAAGGCGCUCGCAGAGGUGCGGCGGAAGAUCACCUCGACGGCAGAGGGGGCCGGCAGGUUCGGCAGCCUGCUCUCGGAAACCGUUGCCACCAUUGCUGGGGUGAGUGAGCCAGGAGGGAGAGGAGGGUCUGUCUGUAUUCUUUGUGAGGUGUGCAUGUGCAUGGUGUGUGUCGCGUGGACGGAUGGAUGGCUGAUGGAUGGGAUGCAGGAGAAUGGCGAUUCCAAGGAGCUGACGGUUGUGGUCAAGGCGGACGUGCAGGGGUCGGCAGAGGCCGUGUCCAACUGGUGAGUGGAGUGGAUGUGAGUGGAUGGAGGACGGGCAAUGCACACACAGCACAGGACAGGACAGAUCCUUCUUCCAUCCAUCUGAGAAUUGGAUGUGUGUGGCUGUGCUGGUCGGUUCGGUUCAUUCAUUCAGUGUGGGUGGUCUGUUCAAGGAGGACCCCACUGGCAAGGCGACCGUCAAGGUCGUCCUGGCUGAGGCGGGACCAGUCACCAAAGUAGGCAGGGAGAGAUGCAUGGAAUGGACGCCAGCCAACACAGCACAGCACAGCACACAACAGACGCACUCGGGGUGUGUUGUGCGUAUGGGGUGGUGGCUGGCUGUUAUGUGUGCGCAGACUGACGUGGUGACGGCGUCUGUGGGGAGGGGUCUGAUCAUCGCCUUCAAUGUCGGCAUCAAUGAUGACGCUAAGGUCAGUCAGUCACCGAACGCACACAUGCGCCUGCCCAGACCGACAUCAUUGUCUCUCCCUCUCUCUCUCUCUCUAUGUGCGUCUGUGUGCAGAGGGCAGCUGCUGACCUCGGCCUUCCCCUCUUCCACUGUCGAAUAGUCUACGAAGGUGACCAUCAAUCACAUCACACAAAUCCAUGCACCAACAGAGAGAGAUUUUUCCAUUUCCAUGUAUGGCUGGCCCUUCUCUUGUGCAGCGAUCAAGGAGGUAGAGAGCAGGUUAGAGCGGAUCCUGAGCCCCACUCCCGAAGGCGAGUAUGCGGGCGCCGCAGAGGUCAAGCAGGUGUUCGUCGUCGGCAAGAAGGGCAAGGUCGCCGGCUGCAUCGUGACUGACGGCGUCAUGAAGAAGGGCGCUAACGUCAGGAUACUCAGGCCGAAACCGGGCGCAGGCAGCGAGAUCGUAUACAUGGUCAGCCCAGCCCACACGAGAGAGAGAGAGAGAGCGGCGCGAAAGAAAUCCAAUGGCCGCAUUUGCGUGUCCUUUGCGUGUGUGUGUGUGUGCAGGGUCGGUUGCGGUCUCUGCGUCACAUUAAGGAGGAGGUUGGCGAGAUGGAGUCAGGCCGCGAGUGCGGCAUGGCCUUCGACGACUUCGAAGACAUGCAGUCAGGAGACAUCAUUGAGUGCUAUGUCGACUCCAAGUCGGCAAUAAGACAGCUGACGUGAUGACUGACGUGUGUGAGGGUGUCAAUGUGGCUAUGUUGUGUUCGUAUGUGUCUGUGUGAGGACCCCCGCGCUCGUGUGUCAUCAGAUGAGCUUGUGAGUUGCCACACAGCUUUAUGUACGUGUGUGUCACUUGACAACGGCCUAAGGUUUGGCAGUCGAAUCGAUCGGCUGUGUCCUCU